CUCUUGAAAAAGAUAUUGGAUAUUGAACUUCCCAAGGCUUUGUGGGAUUUCUAAUUUUCGUCUUAGUAAUUGUACCUUGAGCUAAUGACGGCUGAUCCGCAUAACUCUCAUUCUAAAGAUGAUGAGGAUAAACUGAUAGAAAAUUACCAGAGCAUAGUCAGAAAUGAUGUUGAACCUGACGAAAAUGCUAUUAAAGCUAAGGAGCAAGCUAUACUAGAACUUGGAAAUUUACUUGCUGCAAAGAAAGAUGCUAAAGGACUAGCCGAUCUCAUUUUAGUAACUCGACCAUUUCUAAAGCUUAUCAGCAAAGCAAAAGCUGGUCGUAUUGUCAGAACUCUGGUUGACUUGUUUUUGGAUCUUGAAGGAGGGACUGGUCGAGAGGUUGACCUCUGUCGUGAAUGCGUCGAAUGGGCUAACCAAGAAAAGCGAGUUUUUCUUCGUCAAGCAUUAGAAACUCGUCUUAUGGGUCUUUAUUAUGACAAUGGCAGUUAUGAAGAAGCUUUAAAAUUGGGCUCAAAUUUACUACGUGAGCUUAAAAAACUUGAUGAUAAAGCUCUUUUGGUUGAGGUUCAACUCAUGGAGAGUCGAGUUUAUUAUCGAUUGGGUAAUCUUCAACGGGCUCGUGCUGCGCUUACUUCUGCUAGAACUACAGCCAAUGGUAUAUAUUGUCCACCACGUUUACAAGCCAACCUUGAUCUACUUUCCGGAAUUCUACACGCUGCCGAUGAACGUGAUUUCAAAACUGCGUUUUCUUACUUUUAUGAAGCAUUCGAAGGUUUCGAUUCAAUUAGUUCCAAACGAGCUAUUGAUGCUCUUAAAUACAUGUUAUUAUCAAAAAUUAUGUUAAAUAGUGCUGAUGAAAUUCCUAGUAUUCUUACAAGUAAAUUAGCUUUGAAAUAUACAAGUCGUGAUAUUGAUGCUAUGCGAGAGGUUGGAGUUGCUGCGAAAGAACGAUCAUUAGGUGACUUUCUACUGCUUCAAGAGAAAUAUAAAACGGAAUUAUCGAAUGAUCCAGUAAUUAGUAGACAUCUGCAUUCAUUUUAUGAUACAUUAUUUGGUCAAAAUCUUCUCAAACUUAUUGAACCAUAUUCACGUGUUCAAAUUGAUCAUAUUGCCAAAUUGAUUAAUAUUCCUUUGGAAACUGUAGAAAAGAAACUUUCACAAAUGAUUUUGGACAAUGAACAUAAUGGAAUCCUAGAUCAGGGCUCUGGUGUUUUAGUACUCAGAGAACCAGAAUGUGAAGGCAAAGAUUAUCCUUUAGCAUUAUCUGCUGUCCAAUCUCUUGGUGGUAUUGUUGAUAUGUUAUUUCAAAAGACCACUAAAUUAAAAUGAUAUUUUGCAUAUCUGGUUUAAUGUUUUCAUUUUCUAAGAAAAAAAAAUACAGUUUGUUUACUUGAAA